CCGAGUUUGUGCUUUGCCUUUUUACUUUCGCCACGACAGUGAAUUUCCUUUUUUUUUUUUUUUCUUUUUGCACCUUCCCUGAAAUUCAUAAUAACAGUAGAAAUACACCUUCUUACAUUUUUUAAAUGAUCAAAUUGAGACAGGAUGGAAAAAGGGGGCACUUAGACCGAGGAAUUUUCUACAGAGUGCCGGGAAAGAGGAAAAGGUAUGGGCGAAUCUGCUGAAGUGGAUCUGUUGGCUGUAAAAACAAGCGGAAAUCCUGCCAAAGAAGAUGAAGAAAAGCAGAGAAAGAUUCUGCAACAGAGAGAGGGAAUUUGUAUAUAAAUUCAAAGUAGGAAGUCAGUGCUUAGAACUGAGGGUGCCCCUCAAAUUUCCUGUUCAAGAGAAUGCCAGUCAUUUACAUGGGCGUCUGAUGCUGCUGCACAGUUUACCAUGCUUUAUAGAAAAAGACUUAAAAGAAGCUCUGAGCCGGUUUAUAGAAGAAGAAUCCCUCAGAGAUUAUGACAGAGAUGCCGAAGCAUCCCUGGAAGCUGUGAAAUCAGGUGAAGUAGAUUUACAUCAACUGGCCAGUUCAUGGGCCAAAGCUUAUGCUGAGACCACGUUAGAGCACGCAAGGCCUGAAGAGCCCAGCUGGGAUGAAGAUUUUGCAGAUGUGUACCAUGACCUAAUCCAUUCUCCGGCCUCUGAAACUCUCCUAAAUUUGGAACAUAAUUACUUUGUUAGUAUCUCAGAACUGAUUGGCGAAAGAGAUGUGGAGCUGAAAAAAUUACGAGAGAGACAAGGUAUUGAAAUGGAAAAAGUGAUGCAGGAAUUGGGAAAAUCACUGACAGAUCAAGAUGUAAAUUCACUGGCUGCUCAGCAUUUUGAAUCCCAGCAAGACUUAGAAAAUAAAUGGUCAAAUGAAUUAAAACAGUCAACUGCCAUCCAAAAGCAAGAAUAUCAGGAAUGGGUGAUAAAACUUCAUCAAGACCUAAAAAACCCUAACAACAGCUCCCUCAGUGAGGAAAUUAAAGUUCAACCAAGUCAGUUCAGAGAAUCUGUAGAAGCAAAUGGAAGGAUUUAUGAGGAGCAGAGAAAGUUGGAAGAAAGUUUUACCAUUCACUUAGGAGCCCAGUUGAAGACCAUGCAUAAUUUGAGAUUGCUGAGAGCAGAUAUGCUGGACUUCUGUAAGCACAAAAGAAAUCAUCGAAGUGGCGUGAAACUCCAUCGACUCCAGACUGCCCUAUCGCUUUAUUCUACGUCUCUGUGUGGCCUGGUUUUACUAGUAGAUAAUCGAAUCAAUUCGUAUAGUGGCAUUAAAAGAGAUUUUGCCACAGUUUGCCAAGAAUGUACUGACUUCCAUUUUCCCCGAAUUGAAGAGCAGCUGGAAGUUGUCCAGCAGGUGGUACUUUAUGCUAGAACCCAACGAAGGAGUAAGUUGAAAGAAUCACAUGAUUCUGGAAACCGAAAUGGAGGAAGUGACGAUAAGGCUAAAAAUGCUGACAGAAACUAUUUAAAUAUUUUACCUGGAGAAUUUUACAUUACACGGCAUUCUAAUCUCUCAGAAAUACAUGUUGCUUUCCACCUUUGUGUGGAUGACAAUGUGAAAUCGGGAAACAUCACUGCUCGAGAUCCUGCCAUUAUGGGACUCCGAAAUAUACUCAAAGUUUGCUGUACCCAUGACAUCACAACAAUAAGCAUACCUCUCUUGCUGGUGCAUGAUAUGUCAGAGGAAAUGACUAUACCAUGGUGCUUAAGGAGAGCAGAACUUGUGUUUAAGUGUGUCAAAGGUUUCAUGAUGGAAAUGGCCUCAUGGGAUGGAGGAAUUUCCAGGACAGUGCAAUUUCUGGUACCACAGAGUAUUUCUGAAGAAAUGUUUUAUCAACUUAGUAACAUGCUCCCCCAGAUCUUCCGAGUAUCGUCAACACUUACUCUGACAUCCAAGCACUAAACCCUUAGAGACUGACACGUUGGCAGAAGACGACUGUUAAACUUUCCAGGAACUUGAGCUGUGCUGGGAUUCUGUCAAGCAAAAGACGCCCAGAAAGAGAACUUGUAAUCCAAGCCACAAAUCAAAUCAUGAUGUAUGUCUGUGAAACCUUCCAAAAAUUCAUAUACCAUAAAGUCUAGUGAUCAGCCUUUUACUUAUACAUUUAUUCUUAAAAUUUCUCUAAGAAAAAAUCUUUUUUUCUACUGUUAUGCCCUGUCUGUGAAUAUGAGUGGUUAAAACGUCCUCUAUAUCAUACCUGGACACUUGAUAUAGGAGAUUGUUAAUUGCAUUUUGUGGAGACAUUUGACUUUUCCAAAAGGUUUGAAUCAUAUCAAGUGUAAGACUUAAUUAACCAUAAAAAUAAAAUCUUUCCUUUACCUUAUUUGCCAAGCAAAAAUUAAAAGGCACUGAGAUAUACA